AACACCACCACCACACACACACUCUUCACAGUACACACCCGAUUCCCACACCCAACUCUCUCACCCCCCAACCUGGAACCCGAACCUGGACCUGGACCUGGACCUGACCUUGCUUUCCCUUUGACCUGAUCAGUGUGUACGAAUACAGAGCGCACCUGCAGCAAGCGCACUGGGAACGACCUGACCUGAACCCCGCUUGGCAUUGAAAAUCGCGCCUGCCCCAGCUCGCUGACUUCCCAUUCAAUCGCUUCUCUCUCAGCUCGCCUUUUGAUCACCUUCUGCUUGCCAUUUCACCAAUCUCAUCCCUUUCGCCUCGGAUCGCGACUCGACCUUAUCCUCGAGCAUUCACAUUGUAGCCUCCGCCUUGAAUCGACUCACUACGCACUAUUACUUUCCGUUCGUCGUCUUCAGACCGAGUCAGCCGUGAAUCUCUUAACCAGAUCUCCGACGACACCGAUUUCCCGGGCAUUUCCGCCUCGCUCGUUUGUUGGUUAUCCCACCUGAAAGCUGGUGUUCAUUCCACUUCCCGAGCAGCCACCCACGAUUUAUUCACACCAGGUUGAUGGUUUCAAUGCCCUCAACCCGUUCGUUGAACAUGUGAGGGAAGCAUGUCUCUCGAACAGAUUCGAAAUGUCGUUCUGCUGUUCAGUAACCCUGUUUGGUCGGGCGCGAACACCGUCCCCUCGACUCUCAUCAAGAACAUCACCUCUCUGUCGAGCAAGGUAGCCUACCAGGACACCAUCACAGCAAACCUCACCACGCUGAGCACGACAAAUACCGAAACGCAGGAUGGCAUCAUCCGAGGUCUGCUAUACGUCCCCGAUCUCAGCGUCACAAACCCGUGUUUCGAGCAGCAGUACGACAUAAUCCCCCGAAAUGCCACUACACAGGCAGAACUUCCUCCUACCAACUAUAACCUAAUUGCCAUUGCGCCAUGGUUUAACGCGACCUGCACCAAGGCUUAUCUUGCAUCUGCACGCCUCGACCCCAUCCGCGCCUUCAUCUUUUACCGGCCCAACAAUUCGACCAACGAACCACAAGGCGCUGAUUCCCCGAUAUGGGAUCUUGAAGAUGGUGAUGCAUGGCGAACCCAGAACCGUUUUCCGAUUUUCGCCGUGCCAGGCGCCGAGGGCACCAAAUUCAUGAAGCAGCUCAGCUUGUAUUCUGGAAACAUCUCCGAGAUCCCAUAUGGGGAGGAAAUCCAGGAGAUCUACGACCCCCACGAUAAUGAUUACGUCCGCAUAUGGACAGAACUAACCAUCAAGGACCGUGACAGUGUCCCUGCUAUGUGGACAUGGAUUCUUACGGUCGUUGGCGUUGUGAUAUUCAUCAUCGCGUGUCUAUCACUCACGAUGCACCUAGUACAAAGAAGACGGAGAAUUUCACUACGAAGAAGGGUGCUGAGCGGCGAGGUUGAUCUGGAAGCGAUGGGAAUUAAACGAGUAACCGUACCCGUGGAUCACGUCAAGGGCUUCCCACUUUUCACCUACAGUUUCCAGCCGGAAAUGAUCAGCACACCUUCUACUACAAGGCCACCCAAGUCCGUGAGGUCACCGCGAAGCAUGCGGACUGACCAGCGAACAAUAUCAGAAUCCGCCGUCCCGAGAUCGAGGGCCCGAAGAGCCAGCGUCAACAGCUCAAAAAGCACCGUUGCCACGAACUAUCAGCCCCAGUGCCACAUUUGCUUGGAGAAUUACGUCGACCGGGACUCCGUCAUCCGCGAAUUGCCUUGUGGCCACAUCUUUCACCCCGAGUGUAUCGACGAGUUUCUAAGUCUCAACAGCUCACUGUGCCCAAUCUGUAAGAGGAAUAUGCUCCCACCGAACUACUGUCCCAAGAUCACCAAUGGCAUGGUACGCCGUGAGAGGGCCAUUCGACGAUUGAGGGAACGGGUAGUAUUUGACGAGUCAGACGACGAAGAGGGGGAGGUGAAAAGCAAGCGUUGGGGCAAGCGGCUAUUCGGCACGGACAAAGCGGCAUCAUCCCCGACAGAAACGCCCAUGACGCCCGUUCUGACUUCCAAGUCCCCGAAAACAGUGCAGGAGUCAGCAAAUGUCGAUACGCCGGUGGAUCUCGAAGCUGCACCCCUGUCCACUACACAACGUGCCCUCGAACCGACCCAAGAGGAGCAAGAAGAUUCGGACCAACCCUCGAGUCAAUCCGAAGGUCAAGACCCGCCACAUCCGCAACCCCAGCCGCCCAGACAAGCCGCUGUUCAUCAGAAUAAACGCCGGAAAGCAGGUGGACUGCGGCUCCAUAUGCCUGGAUCAGACUCGCAUCAGAACCAUCCACGGCCUGAAGGACGAAAGAGCCCGUCUCAGUUGGCAAGAGCGCGAAUGAGAGCGCUUGCUGGUACGCCCUUUGACGACCCAGAUGGUCGCAAUCCAGCGUGGAAACGUUAUGUCGUCAAGGUUUUCCCAGGAUUUUCAUGACAGUUGCAUGCACUGGAAGCAUGCCAUCAAAUUCGGAGUUGCAUGGUGUAAUGGCGUUUAGGAUCAGGCAGUAGGACUGCCUUUUGGAACUUUUGAGAGGCACACAAGGGAAUAACAUCACGAUGCAUAUCUACGACACUCCCUGGUACCUACCUCUGAGGGAGGGGUGAGGAGACUUUCAUUUCACAAUCACGACGAUAGACUCGGUGGGCCCAGAUUGGCCCUCGGAUUGCUACAUUUUGGCACGGAAUGUUACUCUUGGGCUGCUGUAAAGAGCCCAAGCUUUUGGACUGGAUAUACCCCAUCGGCACGGUUAAGCAUCAACGGCGAUUUGGAGGAGGGUAUGAAUUGAAAAAGUUACGUAGAAAUCAGUGAUGGCAGCUGUGCACUGCUCAGACUAGGUAGUCUUGUGUCGGCCAGACAGCAGGCAAUGAAAUCAAAACUUGAGACCUUUCACGGUCUAAGAGAU